AACGUAGUCUGCACGCAGAAUGCGUCGUCCCAAUAUAAAAUGGAUGAUCAAGUCGGCAUUUUUGGUGCUGGUUUCGCUGAUGCUCUUCCUGUUCAUCACCAGCUGGAUUUCGUCUACGCCAUAUACAAAUAAGCCAGUGCAUCAUGGGAUCGAGCCUGUGCCCUUAAGGCCUGAGGCACUGAGGUCUGGCAACAGGCGAAUGGAAUAUCCCAAAGACUUUCAGAUGGAUCUGCCGCUGCACAAAGUAAAGAAUGAUGUUGUGCAGGAAGCGCCACAGGUGGAUCAGCCAGAAAAAGAAGACGCAGAAGACGCACAAGAUCAAUCGGAGGCUGAUGUGCCGGAUGCAGCGAUCAAUAAGGUGGAACAAGGAAACGAGAAUCUUCAGGUUGCAGCACCCGAUGACAAUCGACUGAAGAAGGACUGGCACGACUACACGGCAAUGGAACGCGAUGCCAAGCGCGUGGGGAUCGGCGAACAUGGUGAGGCCGCCAAGCUGGACGAGAGUCUGCGAGACAAGGAGCAGGUUCUAUCGCUUGAGAAUGGCUUCAAUGCAUUGCUCUCCGACUCUAUAUCAGUGAAUCGCUCCCUGCCCGACAUACGGCAUAAGGAGUGUCGCAAGAAACAGUAUCUCAGCAAGCUGCCGAACGUGUCUGUGAUCAUCAUAUUUUACAAUGAGUAUCUGUCCGUGCUGAUGCGCUCCGUGCACAGCUUAAUAAACCGAUCGCCGCCAGAGCUGCUCAAGGAAAUUAUCCUCGUGGAUGACUUCAGUGACCGUGCGCCUCUCUUCAAGCCGCUGGAGGACUAUGUUGCCGAACAUUUUAGCAUGGUGCGCAUUGUGCGUCUGCCACAGCGUACGGGCUUAAUUGGUGCACGCUCUGCGGGUGCACGGAAUGCCACUGGCGAUGUACUGAUAUUUUUAGACUCGCACGUCGAGGCCAACUACAAUUGGCUGCCACCACUGCUGGAUCCGAUUGCGCAGAACAAGCGGGCGGCCGUCUGUCCGUUCAUUGAUGUCAUCGAUCACAGCAAUUUUAAUUAUCGUGCGCAGGAUGAGGGCGCGCGGGGCGCGUUCGAUUGGGACUUUUUCUACAAGCGACUGCCGCUUUUGCCAGAGGAUCUGAAACAUCCGUCGGAUCCGUUCAAGAGUCCCGUCAUGGCCGGCGGUCUCUUUGCAAUUUCCAGAGAGUUCUUUUGGGAGCUGGGCGGCUAUGAUGAGGGUCUCGACAUUUGGGGUGGUGAGCAGUAUGAAUUAAGCUUCAAGAUCUGGAUGUGCGGGGGCGAAAUGUAUGAUGCACCUUGCUCUCGUGUGGGUCACAUCUAUCGCGGUCCACGCCAGGGCGUAAAAAAUCCACGUUCCGGUGACUAUUUACACAAGAACUACAAGCGUGUAGCAGAGGUCUGGAUGGAUGAGUACAAGAACUACUUGUACAACCACGGAGACGGUAUCUACGAUAAUGUAGAUCCUGGUGAUCUGACGGCACAGAAAGCCAUACGCACCAAGCUCAAGUGCAAAUCGUUCAAGUGGUUCAUGGAGAAUGUAGCCUUUGAUUUGAUGAAGAGUUAUCCGCCCGUUGAUCCGCCCGACUAUGCCAGCGGCGCCAUACAAAAUGUCGGCGAUAAUACGCUGUGUAUAGAUACGCUUGGCCGUGUCCGACACAAUCGCGUUGGCAUGUACCGUUGUGCAAAUGAUCUGGUGAAGCCACAGCGAACGCAGUACUGGUCGCUAAGCUGGAAGAGAGAUUUGCGACUGCGCCGUAAAAAGGAUUGCCUGGACGUGCAAAUAUGGGAUGCGAAUGCGCCUGUUUGGCUGUGGGACUGUCACGGGCAGCAAGGUAAUCAGUAUUGGUUCUAUGACUAUCAUACGAAGAUGAUAAAGCACGGCAAGGAAGGCAAACGCUGCAUGGAGCUGCUGCCCUUCUCCGAAGAGCUGGUGGUCAACAACUGCAACGAAACAAACGAAUAUAUGCGGUGGAACUUUGGAUUCGUCAACAAAACGGCGCUGGACAAUUACAGUGUAGAUUUAGAGCUCCUAUUGUAAAAGUCUUAAGAACCGCUCGUCACUUGCCAUGUACUUAAAACGCAAUUGUCAAGUCUAAUUUUAUAUUUUAUGUAGCUAUAUGUACAUAUGUAUUUGUGUAGACCUAUCUAGUUAGUAAGCAAGCUUGGCGCGCGUCACGUUUCGCACAUUCCGAUUGUCAGUUAUAUUUUGACUACAAAUUAAAUUUGAGAACGUGUUCAUUUCUUUUUAUCGGGUACUACCCCAUUUUGCCCAGGCGAUAGAAAUAAUACAUUCCUAUUUUCAUUUCUCAUUGUAAAUUUGGUUCAAAAUUUUUAAUUCCAAAAAGACAUUCCAAGAUGAAUCUACCUUUGUGUGGAGCUAUCUGGUCUAUAAGCAAGAUAGAACCAAGUUCCGUAUAACUGUCAAUUAUUACCUAAAUGAAAUUCAACUACAAAUAAAACAAGGUGUUUAACUUUGUUUGUUGUUUUAUUUAAUAUUAAUAUCUGUU